CUGCGAUGCGCGUGCUCCUUCGACGGAUCGGCGCCUGCACAAUCAUCAAUUUAUUCGAGAUCUGAUCAAUGUAUACAGUCAUUGUACAUUGUUUGCUCUGCGCCGGCGAGCAUAUUUACGCGUUAUGUUGUGCGACUCUAAUCCCAGUCUGAUUCGCCUGCAGGCUAUUUAUACUCCGCAUGUGCAUCGCUGUGGCUUCAUGACAGCGAAGACCAGGUUUAUGCGCCUCGACAAGGGAAGCGUUGAAGCGCGGAUACAAUAUUUUCCGCGACGCCUUGCGUUUGCCGAUUGCCUGCCGACCGCACCAUGGAUCAGACUCGCCAGCAAAGCAUACAGGUACAGAGGAUUUCAGUGUCGCCAAAGUCCUGUCUAUCGAUCACCUCGGCAGUCCAGGUCCUCCGUUAGAGGGUCUCAUCGGGAGCCACCUCGAUGCUGCCGUCGCAUUUCGAGUGUGGGAAUACAUCGCAUGCCGGUGAUGACAUGGCGCUUCUACGAGACAUCACUCGCCGAAAUUCAAGCCACCGGGCGGUUGUGCAACAUCACAUCGUUGGAAUGCAAGUUUGAAGAAAAGAUUUCCGCUGAGAUUUUCAUCUCUGGCUCUGAGCUGAGUCUACCAUUAUAUCGCAUCCAUAGGACGUGGAUCAUGAAACACACAACGUCCAAUCAUCGAAAAAGAAGUCGAUUGUUCUGAAAAACUCGUAGGUAGGGAAAUCAACGUCCACGCCAGGACCUAGAUCCUGCCCCGGAAACGCCUGAUCCAUCAAAAGCGUCAUGUUUGCAAGGACAGCGUCUGCAACGACCAUGUCUUCAAACAAGAGUAAAGCCCAUAGCGGCGUUUCGACAUUUGGACCCGUUGACCAAACCUUGGUUGUCGGAUAGAA